UCUGGUUGGCCAAGCUGGUGCGCAAUCUCCUGCUGUUCUAUCAUAGUGCUCAGACUAUCACCUUUGGUCCCGUUGGAGAUAGGAUAGGUAGCAUAAUCUCGUAAGCACCGCAUACAAUACAUACGUUUUAAGCAGCGAAGAAAGUUUUUUCCUUAUCAAUAUUCAGUGUGAAUCAUUGGCCGUGAUGUGAAAAAAAAAAAUCUUCCGAAAAGAGCCACGCAGUUGAGCUUGGAGAAACAAACAUGGAGCUUCGCGAGUGGUCCCCACUGGUGAACCUGGUCAACAAGAUUCCGACCACGGUGCAGCGUGGUCUACUGUUUCACGAUGUGUCCAUUACUUGCGUGGAUUUGAUCGACGAAUUUGUGGCUCUGGGAACCAAUGUAGGGAUCGUAUUCUGGUACAACCGGAAGAGUGGAUCGGUGGAACGACUACAGGCUGAGAGCUCGAACUAUCUAACAUGCGUUCGGAUAAUUUCCACAGUCGAGUUUAUGGUUGCUGCCGGAUGUCGUCAAGGGUGCAUACAUAUUUUUCAAAUUCCUAAGGAAGCACCACCGGAUGUCUGUGCUGAGUUGCUGCUCAAAAGUAAACCAAAGGAGCGAUACACGAUUCGGAACGUGCAUCGUGCGGAGAUUAACGAUCUGGUUUGGUCUAAGAAUGGGAUGAAGCUGUUUUCCGGCGACAGUUCCGGAGUUGUCGUACUAACUGGAAUCAAUUAUCAGUUGAAGACUUGUGAUGCCCGAGAGAUUGUAAAUGAAAAGUAUCAGAUUGUCCAGAUGAGCCUGCAGAAAGAUAAACUGUUGGUUUCAACUGCAUAUCGCACUGUGAUCUGCACUCAGGAGGAUUCCAAGAGAUGGCGUGUGGCACAGGUGGGAAAGAAGGAUCGGAAGCUUUUGAGUCAUUUUGGGGCAGUCUUCCAUGAGUAUCAUAAGCAAAUUCAAAUAGUGACAACGCGGUCCGGGUUUAGACUCUGGGUAGCCGAUCUGGAAGGUGACGUAGCACAAACACUUAUCUUCAAGGAAUUGAUCAAAGUUCCAUCGUUGGAGAUACCCAUACUGAAUCCCAGUAAGCACCCAAUCAGAAUUCCGACCACUUUCGGAACUCUCUAUACAUUCCAGGACAAGUAUCUCCUUUCGGUCGCUAACGAUAUGCUGUUUGUGUUGGAUCUGGACCAAAUGAAGGUCGUCGCAUCGCUGACCCGUCUUCGCAGAAUCAUCGACAUAUCGGUCCACAAGCAUGAAAUCCUCAUUGUGGAAAGUUCUCGAUCUUUGGUUCGAUUGUCCACCCUUCCGGAUAGCAGUCAAGCCACGAUAUUGUACAAAAAUCUCGAACUGUUCACUACCACCGACAGUGACAGUCAAAUAGUCGUUGCAGAUGAAUGUCUCGAACAGGACACAGACUCGGGCAGCCUCUCGAAUGUGGCAGGCAAUGGUCCCACCGAGGGCGACGUCGUUGACGGUAUUGAAUCUGUUCCGUUGGAGGAAAAUCCUUCCUCCGAAGGCUCGCACCAUCUAAUCACCCAUUUGAAAAAGCUGGAACUCUUCGAAACGCUGAACGAGCUCAAGUAUGACGAAUCGAUUCUGUUCAAGAGUGGACGAAAGACGAAACGAAAGCACAAAACCAAGAUCAAUCCGAUCGUCGAGAUAGGGCAGAUUCCGAAGGAGUUUGAGGGUGAUUUAGCUGUUGCUGCUGCUACUGCUAGUUCAGCUGCUGUGAACGGUGAUGGGAAAGGCGAGUGCCAGGUUCUGCAGUAGGUCGUGAUCGCUUUUACUAGCUGUGUGAUAUUUUUUAGCUUUAGUUAUCAUAUAUGUUUGUUUUCUGUUAAAUCGAAAAUUAUGAUGUCGAGUUUAUUGGUAGUUUAUGUUGUCCUGAAAUGGACACCACCUAGAGGACGUCGUCGGACGUCUGCCGAUGCUUCGUAAGCACAUUUUUGCAGUGAGAAUAAAGUAUAUUAUUGGAAAUUGUGUU